CGCGUCCGCCUGAGUCACUGUGCCUGUGCCAGCCUUGCUGGAAGGAAGAUGUCGGUUUGGCGUCGUGUCGCUCAUGAACAGUGAGUGAUCCGGAGUAGCUUUGGCACCCUAGGCAACAAUGGACCAGGACGAUCAGUCUCCGCCAGUCGAGGGCACCCCCCGAUCCAGAGCCAGGGCUCGUGCGGACCAUCUGAUGAAACGCGUGUCAAGAGCAUGUUUACAUUGCAGACAGCGCAAAUCGAAAUGUGAUCUGGAUAGCAGCGGGAGCCCGGGAGUGCCCCCAUGCCAGCGGUGUAUCAGAGAAAACCGCGAAUGUGUUCUGGGCAGCUCCAACCGGGGAGGGCGUCGGAUUCGCAAAAACAAAAUCAAAAACUUCACCCCAGACACCAACCUCCCGGGGCGGAGAGAUUCCGUCGCCGAGGCACCAAGUCCGUCCAAUUCCGACCAUCAACAACCGGCUUCUGGCUUGUAUCCUGGCCCGGUGGCCUUUUUGCCCCCGAACCCACCGACCACAACGUCAAUGUCGGUUGAUGAAGAUGACACCGCAUCUAUAGGCUCUGUGCCCCGGAAUCCAUCUGAUGCCUGGCAGUGUCUUACUGGCAUCGCAAAGAGAGGCGAAGAAGAGCCGAGCCCUGAAACGGGCGCCGAAUCUCUGCGUGUCGGCCCCAGAGCGUUUCCCUCAUACAGUGUGCUCCAAAAUAGCUCUGGGAGCGACUUCCCGCCUAAGAAAGGUAUCAAAGCAUAUAGAUUGGUUCAGACACGGUCAUUAGACCCGGGAACAGUGUGGCAAUUAGUGGCUCGUUACGCCGAACACUUCCAUCCAUACCUUCCUUUGGUGCCACGAAAGUACUUUAACCGCGACGCGCUGGAUGCAUUUGCCGACAAUGAGAAACAUCUGCUCACUGCCAUCCUCACCAUCGCUUCAAAAGAUUUAGUUGAGCGGCCUCAUAUCCACGAAUACUGCUCCAAAUACAUGCACGAGCUGAUUUCCGGGAUUGCUGCGGGCGCUGAUUGCGAUGUGGAGGCUGUGGAAGCUCUUCUUCUCCUGGCUGAAUGGGAACCACAAGGGCUGCGGCCACGUGUUGAGCGCGUGGGUCGUGGGGAAGAAGAUCGAGCUGCCUGGAUGCAUGUUGGGCUUGCCUUGCGAUCCGGUUAUUUUCUGGGGCUGGAUAGGACGUCGUUCCGAGACUCUUCAGGGGAUGCAGAAACGGAGGCUCGCAGGCGGUUGGCAUGGACCAGCUGCUAUGUUUCAGACCGCUUGAUAUCGGUUCGUAUUGGCCGCGCCUUCUGGUCUCGCGGACCGGGGCCAAUGACUGGCCUUGUCAGCCAAGAUUUCCCGUCACUUCAACCAGUCAAAGAUGGUGAUGAGGACUAUGCAAGAAUCUUGCAAGCCACUCUGGAUCUCACUCAGCUUUAUGGGAACGUCCACGAUGUCCUCUAUUCGGGGAUGCGAACGAGUAAUCAGAUGAUGCUCAUGGGCGACUAUGUUAAGUAUGUGGAUGACUUUCGUCUUGCUAUCCUACGAUGGAAAUCGCUCUGGGGAUCUUUACCAUGCUCGACUCCCAUGAAAGUCACUUUGCAGCUCUCGUAUGAAUACCUAAGGCUGUACACCAACGCGUUUGCCUUCCAGGCGGCAAUAUCCCAAUCGUUGGUGUCUAAGUUACAAAAUGAUAAUCAAUCUCAAAGAGAGCACUUGCGAGCCACCUUCAACAAUGUAGCCUCGAUGCAGGACUCCCGCUUUAUUUAUGAGUCAAUUGAUGCCGCCAAAGCAUACCUGAUAAUUCUUGUUGAUGUGGUUCAUCCGGAGAAGCAUCUUCACUUCAUGCCACUUAGAUUCUAUCUCUAUGGUAUCUAUGCAGCCGUGUUUCUAUACAAGGCACGUUCAUUUGGUGUCAUGUCGCACUCAGAGGAGAUGAAAGUGCGAGAUCUUGUUACUCGAACAACAGAUGUUCUAAAGCGAGCAAGUGGCGGAUCCGAUGACAUUGGGUCACGCUAUGCAAAGCUUCUCGAGCUUCUAUGGCAGCAAAGAUCAACGCCAACAGCGCCGCAAGCCGGAACUCACCAAAGCAGCGACGUGCUGUUGCAAAACAACGUGGCACUCUCGCACAGCUUGUCCGAUCAGAGCAGCUACGUGCACUUCAGCCCCGCGAACGACUUCUCGUGGCUUGAUCUCGAAGCAGUGGGGGACUACGUCUCUGGGGACCAGAUGUCAGGAGCCAACACACUCGCACUAGACACACUCCAAAACCAAGACGUCUUCCAAUCCGGACAAGACCGAUCUCAGCCGUGGCAAGUGCCAACUUGGUCCGGAGACAUGAGCAGCAGUCUCCUCUUCUAAUCCCCACGAGCAGCCCAGAGGGCAGUGACGAGCUGCAUCAUAUAUGAUUUGCGUGAUUGUAUUAUGAAUAGGGCGAUAAUACACCAGCACUUUUUGGUUUUUGCCUCUACGAGCGCGCAGCAACAGCGGCUUGACUGGUGUCCCCAUCUCCCCCCACGCUGGUGCGGGGCUGUGGGGGUCGCCGGAGUUGCGCCGGCAUGAGAGUGAGGGGGGCUAGCUUUCUGCUGUGGUUGCCCCCCAACUCACCCUCUUCAAGUCAAAGCAGUCUGUACUUUAUUCUCAUUUGUAUCUGUUAGCAGUCAUGACAUGAAACAUGCGCAAUGGGCUUGCUUGACACACCACCGGCACAUUUCCGGGUGAGACACCUUGUUUUGUUUUCGAUACAUACCACACGCCGUGGAACACACCGGAG